UCCGAACUGGUUACCCUUCUGGGAACUGAUUAUCCACACAUAUCCCUGUUGCCAUGGUCUACAGAGGGAAGCCGGGUCUGGGGUGUGCUUUAUGCAGGACACGACGGCUAAUCUGCGAUCGACGUCGCCCGUCGUGUACACAAUGCCUGAGGAUCAACCAGGAAUGCUCAGGGUAUCGCGACCCGAACGUCCUGAGAAUCUGCGACCAGACCGAUGAAAUAACCGUGAAAGUCGAAGGUCGAGGGACGAUCGCUCGAAAACAUCGCAAGUCGCCUUCUACGGGAAAACCCCCCUCAUCCGCCUCUAUAACCCCCCCGCCUACCACAAUUGAUGAUCAGGUCAUGUCGCAUAUCUUCACUUAUUACGUCGGUACCACACGAGUCCAGGGUCUCCUCUCCUAUCUUCCCCACCUGCUGAGCACGAACCCCUCUCCUGCACUCCAGGCCACGAUUAAAGCUGCAGGGCUGGAGAGCAUGGCGAGAAUCAACCGGCGUCCUGAACUAAAGCGUGCGGCAGGGGAAGAGUACGGCAGGGCCCUGGUUGCCACUAAUAACGCACUACGAGACCCAGUAUCGGCGAAGUCUGACUCCACUCUUGGGGCUGUUAUCUUGCUUGGCAUGUACAAGUGGAACGCGUGCUCGGGUCUAAUGCAGGGCUGGUCGCAGCACGUCCGAGGAGCGACAAAGCUUGUUGAACUACGCGGCAUGGAGCAAUUGAACUCGGAGACUGGCCUCGAGUUGUUUACACUAGUCCGUUUGCAGAAUGCAAUUAGUGGCGUCUUUAGAAGAUCUCGGAGCCUGGCACAAGCAAAGAAGGACAAGGAUUCCCAACCAAUUGAGGUAUUCUAUGAUAUACUGAUGGAACUACAUGAUCUCGCCGUCGAGGUGGACGACGCAGCCAUGGUCGAUGAUUCAAUUGGCACUCUGAGCAUACUUAUCAGCAAGGCCCUUCAUCUUGACACGGAUCUGCGGGCCUGGGCCAUGUCACUCGGUCCGCAUUGGCAAUACUCCGUGGUUGACACACACAGUAAUCCCAAAUCUCGUCCCCACAUCCCGCUUCACAGCGACACCUACCAUAUGUACAAAGCCGUCGGGGUAGUUUCAAUGUGGAAUCAUUAUCGCCAAACGCGAAUUAUAUUACAAGAGAUGAUCAGAUCAAUGGGUCUACGUCUCUGGGGCCUACAGGGGACAUCUCAAUGCCAACAAAUCGUGUUUGACUCGAUAGAUACUAUCAAGCAGAUGACAGACGACCUCUGCGCUAGCGUUCCAUAUCACUUUGUAUCUGGAGAGGUGACAUUCCCGGCCGUGAUUCGCCUGCUGUGGCCUUUGUUCGUCGCAGGCGACUGUGCGGGUGCGGAACCUGCCACGAAGGAAUGGAUCAUCCAGACUUUGGAGUUAAUUGGGAACACGACGGGUAUUCAACAGGGGAUUGGCUUAGCUCACAUGCUUAGGAAUGGACAUACAAGGAAUUAUAUACCCGGAACGUGA